AUGUCUGUGUUCAUGUUUGCGCUAGUGAUCAAAUACGAAUACUUCAAGGCACAUGUCCCGCUAUUUGCAUUGUUAUACGGGCUAACAUUCUUCUUUGCGAACUUUGGUCCGAAUAGCACAACCUUUGUGUUGCCAGCGAAGUUGUUCCCGACCUGGGUGAGGUCCACAUGUCACGCUAUGAGCACGGCGAUGGGCAAAGCCGAGGCAAUGGUUGGAGCUUUUGGGGUGCAGACCUAUACUUUGUCUCGUGAGACAGGAAAGAUUAGGAAGGCAAUGAUGAUUUUGACAGUGACCAACAUGUUAGGUUUUUGCUUCACAUUCUUAGUGCCUAAGACCAUGGGAAGGUCUUUGGAGGAAAUAUCUGUUGAGGAUGAACGUGGCAAUGAAGCCACGCAGGGAAGCGUUAAACCCUCGUCGGUUACACGAACUGCAUUAGCAGGAACUAACUACAAGGAGUCUAUGUGA